GAGGGAAUUCCCUUGUCAAAUACUUUUAAUGUUUUUCAGAGUUUCCCUAAUGAAAUAGUAUGGUGAUUAAAACUAUAGAAGGCACAGAACCUGAGAGAUUUCAGGUCUUUCUGAAAGUGGUAGUGUAAAUCAAAAUACCUUAAAGAUUUGGAAACUUGCAAGGGGGAGCGGGUACACCUGAGCAGAGUUUUGUUCCUGUGUUAAGUGGAGCAAUCAACGACAGAAACACAGGAUAGAGAAGUAAUGUUGUGUUUCCUGGAGGGAAAGAAUUUGGAGGCCUUAAGAAAGCUGAAUGUGUGAAGGAAACAUUCUAUUCCUAUUUAUACUUUGUAGUAAGGCAUGUGAAGCAGUGUAUAAUGUCUGUUCAAGCCUCCUCAGGCAUUUGGUGGGAGACUGGGGGAAUCCUUCAUAGAUAUGCUUUACUCUUUCUGGCCUUUCUUUAAGAAUAUAGUACUGGAGGGUCUUUGUUAAAUUUGGUGCUGUAUUAAAGCUCUGAGAAAGUUUGGGGGUUUUAAUUCUCUGCUGUUUCAUUUAGUAACUUGAGAUUUCUGUUCCAGGCAGGGUAGUUAGUUAAUUUGUAAUGUAGAUAUCAUGAGUGCAGUUACUCUUAGGUUGGCAGGGUAAUUUAAUACUGUUGAUAGUAGGGAGUCUGUCAUAUAAAGGGAAUGAAGCCUGAACUGAGCUAUUUAUGAUGCAUGCAGUGUUAGUAGCUGGGUAAAAUUAAAAACUUAGCUGAUUUUGUCUGUGCCUUGAAAGAAGCAGGAAAAUCCUAAGCUAACACAAGAGCAUGUCCUUAUGUUUUAUUGGUUAAGUUGCACUUCUCAUGCCAGUGUUUCAGCUUUUAAUCUUAUUUGUAUUAAUGUGUAGUUGCCUGGUUGUUCAGAAACUGAGUAUGCCCAUAAAUACUUCUCCAUUCACCGUGAGGGCUCUUGUUUCUUUGUCAUUGCUUUGAUAGGAGCAUCUUCUAAGCCAUUGAAGGUUCUACAGUACAAGAGAACUCUCCUGAAGUGGUUAUUUCAGGACAACAUUUUUUUUUAGCAAUUCUGGAAUUUCAGUCAGCUGAUACUAGGUAGCCGUAUGCCAAUAGUGAGAUGGCUGUCUAAAUAAAGUGAUGAAACAGGAUGGUAGUUCUGAUCUGCUUUCCCAAGUGAGUGUGGUGUGGCCAAGGCCAACAUUUAACAAUGAGUGGUGCAGCGUUGGGCCUUGAGAUAGUGUUUGUCUUUUUCCUGGCCUUGUUCCUACUUCACCGGUAUGGAGACUUCAAGAAACAGCAUAGGCUGGUGAUCAUAGCAACAUUGUUGGCUUGGUAUCUCUGCUUCCUGAUUGUAUUCAUACUGCCUCUGGAUGUCAGUACGACUAUUUAUAAUCGAUGCAAGCUUGCGGUUAACUCCAGUCCUGCAGAAAGUAAUGGCUCUUAUGUUACUCUUGCUCCAAGCAAGCAAAAAUGUUUCAAACCAUGGAGUUAUAUUCCUGAUGGAAUUAUGCCAAUUUUCUGGCGUGUUGUAUAUUGGACAUCUCAGUUUUUAACAUGGAUUCUGCUACCUUUCAUGCAGUCAUAUGCUAGAUCAGGAGGGUUCUCCAUCACUGGAAAGAUAAAAACUGCUUUGAUUGAGAAUGCCAUCUAUUAUGGCACUUACUUGCUGAUUUUUGGAGCAUUUCUAAUAUAUGUGGCUGUAAAUCCAAACUUCAAUUUACAAUGGAACCAGCUUCAGACUAUUGGAAUAGCUGCUGCAAACACAUGGGGUCUGUUCCUUCUUGUUUUGCUUUUGGGUUAUGGUUUGGUGGAAAUCCCUCGUUCUCACUGGAAUGGGGCCAAGAGGGGUUAUCUUCUCAUGAAGACUUACUUCAAAGCUGCCAAACUGAUGACUGAAAAAGCAGAUGCAGAGGAGAAUUUAGAGGAUAUUAUGGAGGAAGUCCGUAAAGUAAGUGAGAGUAUCAAAUAUAACCACCCCUUGAGGAAAUGUGUUGAUACAAUACUGAAAAAGUGCCCUACUGAGUACCAGGAAAGAAUGGGUAGGAACAUGGAUGAUUAUGAAGAUUUUGAUGAAAGACAGAACAGUUAUCCCAGUGAAAAAAGUUUGGCCAAACUUCAUAAGCAGGUAAUCUAUUCAGUGCAGAGACAUCGUCGUACACAGGUCCAGUGGCAAAUUCUUUUAGAGCAAGCAUUUUACCUGGAAGAUGUGGCAAAAAAUGAAAGCAGUGCAACUCGACAGUUUGUUCAUACCUUUCAUUCCCAGGAACCAGAAAAUAAAAUUAUUCAGUAUUUCUACACACCAACGGUUGAGUGGUACUGGGAGUGCCUUCUCCGACCAUGGUUUUACAGAGUGCUUGCAGUUGUGCUGGCCACGUUCUCUGUAAUUGUGGUGUGGUCAGAGUGCACAUUCUUCAGCACAAAACCAGUUCUGUCACUAUUUGCGGUUUUCAUACAGCUGGCAGAAAAGACAUACAAUUAUAUAUACAUAGAGAUGGCCUGUUUUCUUACCAUCUUUUUCUUAAGUAUCUGUGUUUACUCUACUGUCUUCAGGAUCCGUGUAUUUAACUAUUAUUACUUAGCUUCACAUCAUCAGACAGAUGCAUACAGUCUCCUUUUCAGUGGCAUGUUAUUUUGCCGUCUUACUCCACCAUUGUGCUUGAACUUUCUGGGCUUGACCCAUAUGGAUGCAACAAUCUCUCACAAAAAGACUCAGCCAACUGCUUAUACAUCUAUAAUGGGAUCCAUGAGAGUGCUGUCCUUCAUUGCAGAUGGAUUCUAUAUAUACUACCCAAUGCUUGUUGUCAUUCUCUGUAUUGCUACAUACUUCAGUUUAGGAACUCGUUGUUUGAAUCUUUUGGGAUUCCAGCAGUUCAUGGGUGAUAGUGAAAUGACCUCUGAUUUGAUUGAUGAAGGAAAAGAGCUAAUCAGAAGAGAGAAAAGAAAACGACAGAGGCAGGAGGAAGGUGAAAACAGAAGAAGGGAAUGGAAGGAGCGGUAUGGAAAUAGAGAUGAUUCCACCAGAAGCAGAGCUGUCCACACAGACCAGAAAGAAUCCAGCUUCUCAGAGACCAACACCAACAGACCACUAUCAAAAUAUACCCGUUCAAAUGGUAGGACUGAAAGAGAUAGAAUAGAACUCCUCCAGGAUGCAGAACCUUUGGAUUUUAAUGCAGACUCUGUUAAUGAUGACCCCCUUGAAUCGGACUCGGGAAGGUACCAGCCUGGUGGAAGAUACCUGUCAAUGUCUCGAAGCAAAAUAUUUGAUGAUGUCUAAGCUUAUCAAAGCUGAGGAAAAUACAGUGGUCAUCUAGCUCCUACUCAUUGCUUGGAAAAUACUGUAUUUAUGAUAUAUCACUGAACCAUCAAAGACUCUUUAAAAAAAAACAUGAAGGAACAAUUCUUUUGGAAAUGCACGUGUAUGAUAACUUCACCACUUGUGAUAGGAAUAUGCUUCUGCUGUUGUAGAUACUGUUGUGCAUCAGUGUGGGCUUUUGUGUCAUGACCAAAAGGAGAAAACUAUUUAAAAUUAAUAGAUGGUAAACUCAUAAAUAUACCUAGGGCUCAACUUGAACUGUAACAGUCUAAGUUGGGGAAGAGAUUUUUGGAAUUUUUAAUUUUGUAUUUUAACCAAUGCUGUGAGAGCACACUGAUGCAUCCAAGGUGCAGUUAUAUCAUCUGUGCUUUUGCCGAGAAAGAUUGGACUGUAAAAUCAUAGUCACAGAAUGGUUUGGGUUGGAAGGAACCUUAAAGAUCAUCUAAUUUCAAGCCCCUCUGCCAUGGGCAGGGACACCUUCUGGUGUUGUUCAGCCCUCCAUCCAGCCUGGCCUUGAACACACUCACGAAUGGAGCACCCAUUCCACAAGUUCUGUGUGGCAAGCUGUGCCAGUACCUCUCCACCCUUACAGUAAAGAAUUUCUUAACAUAACUAAUCUAAAUCUGUCCUCUUCUAAUUUUCACUCAUUUCCCUAAGAACCUAAAUGAGAGAUGUGGGACUCCAGGUGGCGCUUCCAAAUGCAGUUUAUUACAUCCCUUUAGGCAUGUUCAGACACUGGAAGGUUCCUGUGAGGAACUCAACCUUCUCUUCACGAGGCUCAGCAGCCCCAACUUUUUCAGCUGGUCUUCAUUGAGGAAGGUGCUCCAAUCCUCUCACCAACCUGGUGGCCUCCUCUGGGCUCACUGCAGCAGGUCCCUGUCCCUCCUGUGCUGGAGCCCAGCUCUGGAUGCAGCCCAGUCUUGUCUUGGUAGAUGCUUCAUGCGUGGGGACACGAGGCUUGAUUCUGUUUUGCUCAGAAGGCUGAUUUAUUAUCUUAUAUAUUAUACUAAAAUACUACAUUAAAACUAUACUAGAAGAACAGAGAGAGAAGAAGAUCAGAAGGCCACAAAGACAAGAAUAGAAUAGAAUACAUAACAAAAAUCCUGUGACUGCUCACAGCCUCGGCACAGGUGGCUGUGAUUGGUCACUAAUUGAAAACAAUCCACAUGGGCCAAUGAAAGAUGCACCUGUUGCAUUCCACAGCAGCAGAUAGUUAUUGUUUACAUUUCUUUCCUGAGGCUCUCAGCUCCUCAGGAUGGGAAAAAUCCUAGGAAAAGAUUUUUCAUAAAAUAUCAUGGCUACAGCCCAGGACAGGUUUGGCUCUCUGGGCUGGCAGUGCCAUGGCCGGGGCAUGUGCAGCCUCUCACCCACAGCUUCCCCAAGCCCUUCUGGGCAGGGCUGCUCUCAGUUUGUUCUCUGCCCAACCUGUAAGCUUUUUCUGGGAUUGCAAUGACCCAGGCGUAAGACCUUGUCCUUACUUUGCACAGAUGGACCUCUCAAGUAGGACCUGCCAGGUCCUUCUGGAUGGCUUCUCUUCCCUCCACUAUCAACUGCACCAUGCAGCUUGGUGUCAACAGAUAGCUCUUGAGGUUCCUCCCAUCCUGAUACUCUGUGAUUCCAUGAAUCUUUUUUGGUAUAAAUUUUGGAGCAAUGUGUGUUGGUUAAAAAAGGCUGUAUUUUUUCUUUUCCAACAUUAUAUGCAGAUAUAUGAUUUUAGCAUGUGUAAAUAGUUGAAAUUGAGUAUGGACCCGAGUGUCACUGUCAUAUGAACAUAUGUGCAAUAGCAAGAAUGCAUUAUUGAAGAUACAAUGUCUGCUUAAGAUCUUUACGGAUGUAAUGAUUCAAAAUCAUGGCACUCUAGUGUUUUUGUAACUGUAAAAGAAACAUACUAUGAAGAUGAACUUAAAUACUGAAAUGUGAUAAUUUGCACGCACCUCAGGCACGGCUUCAAACUGUAGAGUAUUUUUUUUAAAAGAAGGGAAAUACAUAGCAUGACUAGGUAAUGGUAAACACUUCUAAUAUCCUAAAUACCCUGGUUGCAUUAUGUAUCAGUUUUUAAGGUGCCUGUAUUUUGCAGUAGGUUGUUGCAAAAAGAGUAAUACUUUGCCAUUCAAAAAUGCCAAUUAUUAACAGUGUAAAAAAGCUUCACAUUAAUUUCAUUAGUGUAGGCAUAUUUUUAAAUCAUAGUUAAUUGUAUGAAUUUUCAAAUAUAAUCAUAAGGUAAAAGAUGCGGUCAAAUUCAUGAUAACUUUGGUAAUUUGAAUAAUUUAAAAUGUUGCUUUUUUCCAGUUUGUCUAAAAUCUUUACCACUUGGGAGCUUUCUUAUGUGCUUAUUGCAAAGUUAUGUUGAAAACUAAAAGAGAACAUGUUUUUAUCAUACAUUCUUUAUCAUGCUUAAAAAACACAUCCCUUAAAGCAGUUAGGAAUGAGUUAUUCUGAAAAGUAAGUUUUCAUGAAUGACGUAUUCUAGUAAUUUUUUUAAAUAGUCUGUGUUUUCUCAAGUAAUUGUUAAUGGGGAUCUAACUCUACCUCCUGUGAUUUUAGUACAUGUGUUGUAACAAUAGUGGUAUUUGUAAUACAUUGAUCUGCCUGUUUUGAAACACUGAAUUGUUAUUAUGAAGGAAAAAAAAAUUUGUAUAGAAAUAAUUAUAUUAAUAAAUUAGCAGACAUACAAUAAUUGUCAGUUUUGUUCUUAGGUGAAUGUCAGCCAUACCCACAGGCAUUCAAGCUCAUGCAAUUUCCAGACUACUCAGAUGAGGUCACUUUUUAGUUUAUGUACUUUAUGUUUGUAAAAGCUUGUUCCAAGUCUUAGGCUUGAGUCUUAUCAGGGACUGGAAGUUGAGAAGCUUAGUCUCUUUAUUCAGAGAUUUCUUUAGGAAUUCUAUGGUAGCACCUAUUUAAUUUCUUUUUUAACUACUUAGUAGUGCUAUCUUGAAUUCAUCCUUAUAUGAAAGGUGUUGUAUAUGUUCUUGGGCACCCAUCCACAUGAAUGUUCUUAGACUCUAUAUUUCUGUUUAAAAAAUUUGGAUCAGCAGUUUAUUUAUAAAAAUCUUUGGCAGAAAUAAAAUUCAAACUCUUUGUUUAACUCUUGAGAUGUCACUUCAAAGGGAUCUAAUUCAGGGCCAGUAGAAAAGCUAUUCGAAGGAGAGUCCUGUUUUCUGAAAAUCUGUGAAAUAACCUUACCUACUCCCUGGUGACCAGACAGUGGGAUUGAGCCUUCUUGGGGUCUGUUUUUUCCCCCCCUCAGUGAAAUGGCUGCAAACAGAAUUUUCAGGGGAAACAUGGUCAAGAUUUUAUAUAUAACAGGUAAUUAGUCCCUAGUGCAGAUUUCAUUGGAAUACAGUAAUUUGAAGAGUUAACUGUAUAAAUUAAUGGCAGUGGGAUUUCAGAUUCUAACACAGACAUUCUGAGCUGAACAUUUUUGAUGUUGCAGUGGAGUAAGGGAGAACCAAUGGCUGCUUUUUGAGCUCUGAAAAGCUCUAAAGAAUUCUCUGUAUCAUGCUUGGUGUCACAUACUCCCUGGAUGCUGUUCAGCUGAACAAGGAGUUGAUAAGUGAAGUCAAGUUUUUUUCCGUAGUGUGUAUUGCUGACCAGGAGUUAUCCAGGCUCUAAUUAAAUGCUGUUUAUUGGCUAACUUAAUGUAUGUUUUGAAAAUUCAUUAUGGGUUCAUAUGACUGAAUCUGGAAUGCUUUCAAUAAAGAAAUAUGUUGUACAACUGUAGAAGAAUAAUAUUUGCUGUCCACUUGAGCUAGUUUCAAACAAGUUUGGUUACUGCUAGAACAAAAAAUGCAGAACUUGGCUGGGGGCUGUGUCCCUAAGGAUUUACCCCACUCCAGAGAGCUGUUGAUACCCUGUCCCUGGAAAUGUUCAAGCCCAGGCUGGACAUGGCUCUGAGCACUCAGUUCUGGGUGAAGAUGUGCUGGCUGGUUGCAGGAGCAUUGGGCUAGGUGGCCUUUACAGAUGCCUUCCAACCCAAACUGUUCUGGGAUUCCAUGGUGCUUUUCAGACAGAUUGUGGCAACCCUUGAUGGGUUCUUCCCUUCUGCAGCUCCAGUCCCAGUAGUCCUGCAGCUAAAUGAAGUUAAAACUAGCUUUGAUAUGUUUAAGUGGUGACUGUACUCUAGACUAACAGUGUUCCUCCAUCACUUCUGAUGUUCCAAAUUAGGUGAUUUUAAAUACAAUUCCCUUGCAAACUGUGCUUUUGGAAACUGAGUGUUAACGUAUUUUUCUGUCAGUGUAUAUAUAGAGUCAUACUUAUUUGCUGCUAAAGAAUGUCAAUUAUAUAUUUCUUUAUUGUUUCACUGUCUGAAUUACUGAGCAGUUAGUGUAUACUUCUUGCCAUAAUUUCUGCAGUUUUCUCUCUAUCAGUGAACACCAAAACAUGAGAAAUCCCACCCAAGUUAAGUACAAAUGUUUGAAUGUCUUCCUGUCAAAGAUUUAAAUUAGUAAAAUAAUGUGUGCAAGUCACAAUGAGCUUCAAAAAGCAGUGUGAAAACAGUACCUAAUCAGUGUUGGAAUUCUUAAAAAGUAUGGAUAGGCAAAAAGCUGUAGUCAAACUUGUUACUCCUACUGGAUUUGUAGUUCUCUUUUUCUUAAUACAUAUUUCGAUAUGUAUAUUGGGAAAUAUGUGCCCUACUCAGCUAAGGAGGGGUGCAUCUGUCAGCUGUGAAGGGAGGCAGUGGCAGUGUUUUAUGAGGGAAGGUAAGAGAUAUGUAACUUCUAAUCUGUGCUCAUAGUGAUAGUUUGCUUUGGGCAAAGGACGACAUAGCUUCUUAUUUAACUAAAGUGUUAAGAAAAAAAGAAACUUUUUGCUUCUAUAAACUACACUACUGGAAAAAUGAUGGUAUCUAAUCUGACUUUAUUUUGCAAUCAAGCACAUGUAAAGUAGUCAUUAACAGUAUUAACAGGAAUGGUGGAAAGCUGCUGCCUUUUCAAUAUUUAUUUGUGCUAUUUUGAAAUACAACAUGAACAAUGAUUUUUACAUAGGAAAUAUUAAAAAAUAUUACUAUGAUUUUGUAUGAUUAUGGUAAUUUGUAUUUUAUUAAAUUUGUCUUGGAAUACUGUAAAUAUUAUGUGAAAAAUACUACAUUUAGUUUCAAUUUUCAUUAUUGCUUUAAUUACUUGAAAUCUAUGGGGCAUUCAUAAUACCAAAUAGAGAACACUUUAUGAAGGAAAACUUUUUAUGAAGCUCCUUAGAAAAUCUGACUGGUUCAUUGCAGACAUAUAGGUGCAUCUUAAUUAUUAACAAUAACACUACUAAGGGGAUAUAUUGUGUCCUAGCUUUUUAAUUUUUCUUUGAAAUUCAAAAAGUUGUUAACUUUUUUUAGAGCAGCUUAGUUGUGAAUCUUGUAAACUUUCUAAAACUUUUACAUUCCUUUUUCCUAAUGGGCUCUGCAGGAAUAUGUGCUGCUUCAUGGCAGUCACCUAAUACUAGCUGUGCCUCUAAUUAAGUAGUCUAAUCUGAAGCUGAGACACUCCUACACCAUUUGAUUAUGUUAACAGAAAUUCAGCAUUCCUAGCAAAAAAAAAAAAAAAAAAUUAAAAAAAAAAAAAAAUUGGUACCCUCCAUUUGGGUCAUAUCAUAAGCCCAAUCAGGUUUAUUCUUUGUUUCUCUUAGAAUGCAUUGGAACAAAGUCCUCAGCAUGCUUUUGUGUGCAUGUGUGUGUUUUAGUAUGCAGCUUCAGUUAUUUUCUCAGGAUAAUGUUGUUAUAUUUCACAUAUUCCUGUGAACUAGUAGUUUCAGAGUGAUACCUUAGCUGUCACUGUAGAAAUUCAUUAUUUUCAAUAGAAAUACAUUAUGUUUUUGUAGAGGUAUCUGGAAGAUAAGGGAAUUCAUUUGUAAGUAGAGGUUUAGUAAUAGACCUCCAUUCUCCAGUGUAUAUCAAGAUAGGCUGUAGGAGUGCUGCUUAUGGAUAGACUAUCUUCUUUUGCCUUAUGAUACAAGUAUGUAUGCAUAAAGACCUUGUUUUGAAAUUCACAGAGUUAAACAUUUUUCGUUGUAGUGUUCUGAAUUACUGUUGUACUGGAUUAUAUUUUUGAAAUGUGUGUUACAAUAUAUAUAGUCAAAUAAUUAAAUUGGCAUGAAAUAAAUAAUUUCUGCAAUACA